AAGGGGAUCCGAAUUCAUUCUCUCUAAACCCCCUUGUAAAAGUGACCGUGCAUUCUCUAUUAUAAGAUAAUUCGGGCUACAGGUGUUCCACCUAAAGUCCUACUGGUCAUACUGAGUGUUUUUACUUUCUUUGCUUUACUGAAUCAAGCCAAUUACUCUAGACCCGGUCAAGUAUAGUUUGACCGGUCAAGUAAUUUACACCAUCAUUUUUGGCGCCACCCGUGGGACCAUUAAGGUUUCUUCUCUUCUAAAUACAAACCUACCCGCAAAAACACCACUCAAAAUGUCUUCCAGCCAGCAAAUCAACGCCACCUCUGCUCAGGUGCAAGCCACCACUGAAGGUGCCAGCAUCCCCAUGGCUGUUACCCUGCCCACCGUUUCUGCUCCGGUUUUGCCAUUGGGACUGGGCUCGGGCUUUGGCCAGGUCAUGGCCAUGUGCCAACAGAAUGGGGGAAUGCCUUUCCUCCCAGGCAUGUUUCCAUUCGCCCUUCCAGGUGCUGGAACGAUGCCCCUUCAAGCUCCGAUGGCAGUGACGCCAUUCCAGACGCCGGUGCCGCAACCAUCACCUUUCCAGCCGCAGCUGGUCAGCACCACGGCACCUGUCAACUUGACUGGUGCGCUCAACGCCGCAGGGCCAUCGCGUCCCCCGCAAGGUACGAAUCCGUUAAUCACUCCGGAUGGACACUGCGUCUCGGUUGAAAGCGGAGACGACGAGUGGGACAUUCCGAGGGCCCACAAGAAGAAGAAAGGAAAGGCCAUACGCCCCGCCACUUCCCGAAACUCCGCCUUCGAAAGGCUGGGGGAUAGGGAAGAGGGCCAGAGAAAGUCAGCCAAGCUAAGACUGGGGCAGAGCGUUGCCCAUGUCAGCGCUUUUGCCCGGUUGGGUGAGAUGCGGGAGGCUGAGCCUGCCCGCACCCAACGUUCCCGGUCAAACCGGCAGGAGCCAGCCAGGACGAGGGUCUCUCGUCAGGAGGAGGAAGCAGAAAGCCAGCCCAGAGUACCGGUAGCUAACCGGUUAACCGUUCCCAAUGACCGCGUCCAACAGAUGGAGGCGAAGUUGGAGAGGCUGGAGAAGAAAGUCGGGGAGAAGGGUGACCGGGACAAACCUCUCGCGGGUUCCCCGUUCACCGCAAGGGUCCAUCUGACACCUUUCCCGCGAAAGGUUAAGAUAGACGCCCCAAGGUUCACCGGUAAGGAGGACCCAGAGAUCCACCUGGACUCCUUCAAUCAGAGUGCAACCAUGAACGGUUGUACAGAUGAUGAAAAAUGCCUCCUUUUCUUCCAAACCUUGCGGAAUCGAGCCACUGAGUGGUUCAACAAGCUUCGCCCGGGAAGCAUUGACUCAUUCAGUGACUUGGCCUCGAAAUUCAAGGCCAAAUUUCAGGAGAACUGUACUAAGAGGAAGAAAUUCACCUAUCUUAGUACAGCCGGGCAGCGGGAAUCAGAGAACCUCACUCAAUUCCUUACCCGGUGGAGGGAGGAGGUAGACAAGGUUGAGGAAAUGGAUGACAAGACAGUGUUGUCCCUCCUCCUGAAUGGUUUGCGAGCCGGGGAACUUUACAAGGAAUUCUGCCGAAAACCCCCGGCCACGUACCAGGAGGCCUACCACACUGCAUGGGAGUUCGCCGAGGCAGAAACCCAACUCCGGGCGAAGAAAGAGGCCGAGCAUGGUUACAAGCCCAAGCCGGUGCCAGUCAAGAAGGAAGAGGCGCCGGGAUCCAACCGGCCAAGGCACCACUAUGACCCGGUCGUCCGCGUGGUCAACACAGAAGAGUGCCAGGAGAUAAGGAAAGCACCGGCUACCUACCCGGUCAUUCCUCCGGAAAAUCCUACCGGUCAAACUGGGCGCCAGUGGUCGGGCACCUAUUGCUCAUACCACCGGUCAGAUUCCCAUAACACAUCAGAAUGCAAGAGUGUUAAGGGAGUGAUCCGGCAGAUGAUAGAUAGCGGGGAACUGGGUAAAGAUUAUCUACAGAAAGCCCAAGAGAAGAACCACCAAUGGGUUAGGCCAGCGACCCAGGAAAGCGACCGGGAUAAGGACCGGCGGAGGAACAACCGGCCGAGGGAACAACCUCCCCCUGACAAAGAGCAUAUUGGAAUGAUCUUCGGCGGACCCGAGGGGGGAGAUUCAGCCGCGCAGCGGAAAAACUGGGUCCGCAGCAUUUACGUGGGUGAAGUAAGUGCUGAACCGGCCAGGCGUAAGUAUCCCAGGAGGGAGCCAAUAGUCUUCACUGACCUGGACCUCCCUCCUACCGGUGAAGAUCACAAUGAUCCAUUGGUCAUCACCAUGGACAUCAACGGGGUGGACGUCGCCCGGGUACUUGUUGACACCGGCAGCAGUGUCAACAUCCUGUACCUGGAGACCUUCCAAAAACUCAGGUUGUGUCGGACACAACUUGAACCCCUCAAAACUCCUCUCUCAGGUUUCACGGGGGACACAGUGGAAGCUGAGGGGUCCAUAGUUCUACCGGUCGAACUAGGAUCGGGCGAAAAGACCGUGUGGAAGAGGAUGCGGUUCAUCGUUGUGGACAUCAAAUGCGUCCACAACGCCAUCCUUGGAAGGCCUGGCAUCAACAAGGUCGGGGCGGUGAUUUCCAUGCCGUACCAGUGCAUGAAGUUCCACACUUCGGGCGGUGUGGGAGAAGUGAGGGGCGACCAGAGGAAUGCCCGGGAGUGCUAUGCCCGGGCGGUUAAAAAGAUGACUAAGGGGGUCAACGUCAUCUCCCAAGAGAUCACAAAGGGAGAGACCCGGGAGAAAUUGGAGCCCGAGGCCGAGACGGUGGAAAUCGAACUUCACCCGGGUGAUUCUUCGAGGAUGGUCAGAAUUGGAGCGAACCUCCCUGAAGAUCUCAAGGCAGAGAUUACACGGGUGCUCCAGGAGUACGCGAGCAUAUUUGCAUGGAGCGUGGCAGAUAUGCCCGGAAUAGACCGCUCAAUCAUCUGUCACCGGUUGGCAGUAAGGGAGGGAAGUCGACCGGUACGCCAGAAGAAAAGGUACCUGGCCAGCGACCGACGAGACUUCGUCAGGAAGGAGGCGAAGGACCUCCUUAGUGUUGGUCACAUUCGGGAAGUUAAAUACCCGGAUUGGCUGGCCAAUGUGGUUCUUGCUCCCAAGGGGGACACAUGGAGAAUGUGUGUGGAUUACACGGACUUAAACUAGGCGUGUCCGAUGGAUUCAUACCCCCUCCCUAGUCCAGAUCAAAUGGUGG